AUGUUGGUUGUACAGUUUUGUACUUCUCAACGAAGCAAAAAGUCUCCUCUUCUACGUUGUUUGACCGGUUACAAAGAUAGUAACGGCAAACUUUCCGAUUGUCCUCCGGAUAAAGUAUUUUCAAAAUGUGUCAGUCGGUGUCCAAAAACAUGCCAGAAUCCAUACGUAAAAUCUGAUAAUAAAGAAUGUUUACGUAAUUGCCGUUCUGGUUGUGUUUGUACAAACGGAACACUUAUUGAUGAAGGUCAAAAUCGACAAUGUGUACCUCAAGAUGAAUGUACAUGUUUUCUUCAUGGAAAAGUCUUCAUGCCAAAUGAAAUCUUACUUCGACAUGGAAGAAAAUGGUUCGCUUUUUCAGAUAAUGUUGUUGAUUUACAUAUUAGUAUAAUUGUUGGUACUUAUUUUGUUGAUUUUCAUAGAUUACUUGUCAACGAUCUUAUUACAUCUGCAUUAGGUUUAGCGGUUUUUCUUCAAGGAAUGUUGAUCAUGUUUGGUUCAUAA